GUCUAGGGGAAACAGAGAACAUAGCACUCAUGUGGAACACUUAAGAAGCCAUAGAAGACCCAUUUAACGUUCUCAUCUCCCCUCUGAUUGACAAAUGGAGAACCAUACAUACCCUGAACAAAUUCUCCUACUGGAGGGGUUAAAGGUCACUCAAGAUUACUCCUACCCUGCCUUCAUUGCUUUCCUCCUUAUCUACAUCUUCGCAAUCAUGGCCAAUUUUGGCCUCAUAGUACUGAUCUCCCUGGAGAGAAACCUACACCAGCCCAUGUAUUUCCUCUUCUGCAACCUGCAUCUUAAUGACAUAGUUGGGGCUACGGUGGUGAUGCCUCGUCUUUUAUUGGACAUUUUGACCACUGCUCCUGAGCGAUAUAUCACAUAUAUAGACUGUGUCAUUCAGGCAUUCUGUAGUCAUGUUUAUGCUACGACUUCACAUACCAUUUUAAUGAUCAUGGCCUUUGACAGGUAUGUGGCCAUCUGCAACCCACUGAGAUACACCACCAUCAUGAACAACAAAAUGGUGAUCAAGUUGUCUGUGUCUGCCUGGGGCGUGGCCAUUGUCUUGGUGGGGAUUCUUCUGGGGCUCACCAUUCGUCUGUCACGUUGUAGGACGAGCAUACUUAACCCAUUCUGCGACAAUGCCUCCUUAUUCAAGCUCUCCUGCGAGAGUGUGCUCAUAAAUGACAUUUAUGGCUUAACGUUUACUGUUGUGUUGUUUGUCACGUCCAUGGGAAGUAUCAGCCUCACCUAUCUGUUGAUCGCCAUUGUGUGUCUACGUAGAAAAAGCAGUACUUUGAACAGCAAGGCCUUGAUAACCUGCAGCACACACUUACUGGUUUACCUCAUUCUGCUGGGAUGUGGGUUCUCCAUUGUCAUUCUCCACCGCUUCCCAGCAUAUGCAGACUUACGUAAACUGUGUAGUGUGUUGGGUCGUGUGGUAUCUACCUGUGUCAACCCUAUCAUAUAUGGUUUACAAACUAAAGAGAUUAAACACGUGAUAUUUACAGUGUUUCACAGGGCCAAUGUGGCCGCCUCAUGA